GGCAACUUCAGCUUUUGCCUUUCCCAGAAACCCUCUUCUUCAACCUCCAAACCACUAUCCCUCUUUCCGUUUCUCACUGUUCCUGUGUUUCUUUUUCAAGUAGUUUUUGAGAACUACAGAAAUGGCUGCCAAAAGGUUCUUAAAUGAUGAAGAAUCCAACGACCAGGAUCCACCAGCUGAAAAACGCUUGAAACGCAGACCUAGUUUUGCUUCUGUGAUUGGAGAAGUAGUCAUGGUGAACUCCUUACAAAACCUUUUCUCAUCCUUGGAACCUUUACUCAGAAGAGUGGUUCAUGAAGAGGUGGAACAUGUUCUUAGACGAUGCUCUCAGUCUAUUUCUAGAUCACCAUCUUUGCGAAUCCAAGCCCUCGAACCUUCCAGCUUACAACUAGCUUUUAGCAAACCGCUUUCACUUCCAAUAUUCACUGGAAGCAAAAUAUCAGACAAUGAAAACAAUCCACUUCAAGUCUUUGUUGUGGAUAAAAGUAGUGCUCCGCACAUGAUGAUGCCAAUAACUCUCUCUCACACAAUUAAAGUGGAAGUCGUCGUCUUAGACGGCGAUUUCCCACCAAGAGAAAACAAUUCUUGGACGAGUGAAGAGUUCGAAAGCAACAUUGUUAAGGAGAGGACCGGAAAACGACCUUUGCUCACGGGUGACUUGAAUGUCACGGUGAGAGAUGGGUUUGCCAUGAUCGGAGAGAUUGAGUUUACGGAUAACUCGAGCUGGAUUAGGAGCAGGAAGUUCAGGCUUGGUGCAAGAAUUACUCCGGGGACAAACACUCAUGGUUUAAGGGUCCGUGAAGCCAUGACCGAUGCUUUCAUUGUUAAAGAUCAUCGCGGAGAAUUAUACAAGAAGCAUUAUCCACCAAGGUUGGAGGAUGAAGUUUGGAGGCUGGAGAAGAUCGGGAAAGAAGGAGCUUUUCACAGAAAGCUGGCCUCACAAGGCAUUAAGACUGUGCAAGACUUCUUAAAGUUGUUUGUUGUUGACCCAGCAAAACUUAGAGCGACUUUAGGUGUUGGGAUGUCAGAAAAAAUGUGGGAAGUAACACUGAAGCAUGCAAGAACUUGUGAAAUGGGUAGCAAGCAGUACAUUUUCAAUGGAAAUCAAUUCAUCAUUUACAUGAAUCCUAUUUGCCAAGUUCUUAGGGCAGAGAUUAAUGGUCAAAUCUACACUAAUCGCGAAAUAAGCGGCAUGAAUAGGGCCUUUAUUCAGGAUUUGAUAAGACAAGCAUAUUCAAACUGGAAUUCUGUAAAAGAGAUUGAUGAGAAUAUGAAUGGGACUGCUUUAUUAGCACAAGUUCAAGAAAUGGUGGAUCAAUAUCCAAACCAUCAACAGGGAAUGAUAAGACCAUUUGAGCAGAAUCUGUAUUUACCAAGCAAUGCGCAUAUUGAAUGCAGUGAUAAUUGGCAGUUACAUUCGCCUUACAAUUUCCCCGCACUGCAGAUCCAGCAUACCAUGUCAGAGUCAUCUUCUGAAGGUGAUUUAACACCCCAUGGCCUUCCAUGAACAUGGAAACUUUGAUGCAUCCACUGAUGCAUUCAAUUGUACCAUAAAUAUAGGAUUAUAGGAAGGAAAUCCAACUUAGUAUUUAGGAGUAACCUUUGCAAUGUCAAAUGUGUUUCGGUUUUCUGUAUAAUAGAAUGUGUGCCUUUUGAAGGCCAUUUUCCCAGUUGCCUUUUAUUUCAACAUGCUAAGCCAAAGAAAUGAAAAAAAAAAAAGGGAAAAAUGAAGGAAACAAAAUAACUCCACGUUGUCGUAUUUUCAUCUUUUUGGUAUUUAAAACUUUUGUACAAGUUUUCAUUUU